AAAGGCACAGACGGAGAGAGCUGAGAGCUCUCAGGGCAAUGGUAGAAUCGGGGGAACGCCCUCCCUGGAGAAAGAUGGCUCCACUACCCACUGCACAGCAUACAUCCUUCCAUCUGACUUGGGUACUGUCAGGGAGACAGGUUGAGCAUCUUGUCCCUGUCAGGUUUGAGAGGGAUGACUGCAUUCAGGGUGUCGUCUGCGUGCUGCUGCUGGCUCUCUCCCAGCCUGUUGCUCUGACCUGGACCUGGUCGGUUUUACCCAGCACUAAGGGUGUGAAAGGCUCAGUCAGUGCCACACCUGUUCACACCUGUCUCUGGGAGAUAGCCACGGUGAUGCAUCUCAAGUCUGCAGUACGGUCCGGUUCUUCCUGAGGCAGGAGGAUUCGAUGGCACACUCCCUCCGCGAUUACAGUCCUGGUCAGUUUCAGGACCUCAUGAAGCAUGAAGAAUUUCCAACUAAUUACCACACCUCUGGCAAAUUUCAAUGACGUCACUGAAAUAGAGUCUAUAAAUGUGUAAGUGGGGAAACACAUGGCAGGUAACCCCCAAACACCCCCUCUACGAGACACCAGAAGGUUAUUUUUAAUUACUUCCUUUACUUUUUUUUUUUCAUCCUUUCAGAAAAUUUCCAUGAACAGCCUACUUAGUGUAUAGCUUUGUAAAAAUCCCUGUUGGAAUGGGGUUGGGGUAGGUCUGUAAAUGGUACCCAGCCCAGUGUGGGAGCUGGUCCACCCAGCAUCCAGAGCCAGGAUGAUGGAGGCUGGGCACGUGGAGAAAGCCCUGAGGCCGCAUCCUGGUCACCUUUCUGCCUUUUCUCCACCCACGUGUAAAUGGAGACACACUAAGAGACCUUGAGAGUUACCUAUUUGAGGACAAACUGAAAUUAACAUAAUGAAAAUGAAAAUGAUCUCAGCCUGUUUCUAUUGUAACCAACAGGAACGGAAGGAAGGAGUCAUUCCAGCAGUUUGCAGCUUUCUGCCCUGGUUGAUGCCUGGCUACUGAACAAGAAGCGUUUUUACAGCUUUGGUGUUGAACUCAGAAAGGCUGGUGGUAUAAAUUGGCCAAGAAUAUCAAAGCAGAGUAGAGAGCAAAUGUUCACAUCCUCUGUUCACAGAAAUCUGGCCAUCGGUAAUUUGCAUAAAGCUGUUAAAAGAAGCAUUUAUCCCAGGAUCAACCCUGAUUUGACACACACUCCUUAUGUUACCCGAGGCUGCCCACACAAGAGGAGAAGGCCAGUCUAGACACCAAGAAAUGUCCACCAACUGGUUGGUCAGCUUCACUAUACAGAACUUUCUUAAGAUUCUAGACUCUAUCAGGAUGUGGGCAACAGAUUUUUAAUUACUAUGUGUGGGAUCGCUUCUUACAGAUGCUCAGCGGGACCCAGGAUGUAAUGCUGGAGGUCAAACAGCCAAGAGCGCCCUAGGUAGGGCAAAGCUCGCGGCAGACACCUGUUCCUGGUGCUUUUUGGGGUUGGGAAGGGCUCAACAGGUCAUGCCCGCGGGGUGCAGCAGCGGGGUCUCUUUACUGGAGGUGCUCUGUGCGCCACGGUGCUGCUGUCAAGGCUGGAGGCUACCAAGAGCGAGCUCCCAGCUUCUGCUCACUUGGUCUGGAAUGGGUUAAGUGCGGAGGCGCAGGAGCUGUUGCGGGCAGGCGCCGGGCACCGCGCACACUAGAUCCACGGAGGGCUAGCUCAGCUGCAGCCUCUGCCGGAAGACCCCCAAGCCGUAGGUGGCAGGCGGGGACAGCGAGGUGCACGCGCGCCCCGGCCGUGGGCGGCCUCCCAGCUCGCGCUCCCUCCAAGUGCAGGGCAUACUCAGUCGCUGCCAACCCGGAGGUUGGCACGCGUGCGGAGGAGCCCGGCGCGUUCCCGGCAUCGGGAAAGCGCACAGAAUCGCAGCGCUCGCACAGGUGCGUGGAAGGUUCGCUCGCCCCGGGGGCGCUCACACAGGUGCGCGUGAAUGGUCGCGUGCGCAUGCGCGUCACACACCCCACGCCCCCCGGCCAGGCUGCGCGUCCUGGGCUCGGGUGGGUUUGCAGGGGUGGAGGGAGAGCGGCGAGCUGCGAGCGGUGAGACAGGAGCAAGAAUGUGGAGAGUGAUGUGGGAAACCUGACGUGGAAGGAAGCAGCAGAGGCUCCAGAUGACAAAUGAGGAAAACCUGGGCACACACAGUAACUGCCUUUCCAGACACUCGCCCAUAGGUGGAGUGGUUUCCUAGGUGAUCCGUGUGGGCUUGAAGCUGCCACCCUGAUUCAGACAGCCUCAGCUGAAUUCUGGGCUGCAUAACUGGAGUCUGUAGAACAGAGCUGAAGCUAAGGAUUUAAAUGUGGUCACCGUCCCUGGAGGAUUUGUUGGUCCUGGGUCUACAGUACUGUGAUACAAGGUGACUCAGUGGGUUCACACAGAGUCCAAGGAAGGGCAUGCUGUGGACCAGACACACUUAACCUCAGUUCUCCAAAGGAGCAACACAAGGGAGCCUCAGCUCAGGUCUGUCGGAUGUGCAAACUGCAAAAAAAACAAAACAAAGCAAAGCAAAAACCCCAAAACCCUUGUUGCUACCAGGCUGGGUCACCUCCGCCCCAACGGAUAUAGCCUGAGUUGAGGUUCCUCUUUCGAAAGUUCAGAGAGUUGGGCGAGUCCUCCUCACAAGAGAGGAGAGUGGGAAGGGCAAGGUGGGAGUGGCGUGAUCAGGGGGUGGACAUAUGUGAAAUCUGAUCCGGUGCCAAGGAAAGGGUAUGUGCUGCCAGAGACCCCAGGGCAAACCUCAGACUUCACCAGGCAUGUCUAGCUCCUGAGCUGGCCGACUGCACACAACACAACCCACUCAUGGAGAACUCGGUGGCGCCUUUCGUCCUCUACUCGGGGACUGAGCCUAGGACUCCUGGAGAGGACAGCCUCCCUCUGCCAGCCGAGGAAGAGGGCGCUGCGUCCACAGCGCAGACACCCUGCAGUCUCAGCGCCUCAUUGUGCUUCAGCUCCGGGGACGACUCCCCGCCGCAGUCUCGCGCCUCUGCCGCGGAGGGCUCCGAAGCCUCUCCGCCUUCUCUCCGCAGCGACCUGCGUGUGGUGGAGACGCAGUGGGAUGUCAGCAGCGCCGCGUCCCCAGAGUCCCCGGAGGAGUGCGCGCGCCCGGAAGAGCCCGCGUCGCCGGAGGAUCCCCCUUCCCGACACGAGCACGCGCGUCCCGUGGAACUCGAGUCUUUGGACGAGCUUGGGGAGCCCGUGCCUGUGCCGCCCGGGGUCGGGUCGGUGCACGGAGAACCCGACCUGGUCAUCGAGGUGGCCGGUCGCCGACUACGGGCGCAUAAGGCGGUGCUGGCCGCACGCAGCGACUACUUCCGCGCGCGCGCAUCCCGGGACGUGCUGCGGGUGCAAGGCGUGAGCUUCACUGCCCUGCGGCUACUGCUGGCCGACGCAUACAGCGGGCGCAUGGCGGGCGUGCGGCCCGACAACGUGGCCGAGGUGGUGGCCGGCGCGCGCCGCCUCCAGCUGCCCGGCGCUGCGCAGCGCGCCACCGAGGCCAUGGCGCCGCAGCUGAGCCUGGACAACUGCUACGAGGUGCUGAGCGCAGGCAAGCGGCAGCGGCUGACCGAGCUGCGCGACGCCGCCUACCGCUUCAUGAGCGACCACUACCUGGAGGUGCUGCGCGAGCCCGCCGUAUUCGGCCGCCUGUCCGGUGCAGAACGCGAUCUGCUGCUGCGGCGCCGCCUGUGUACCGGCCGCGCUUGUCUGCUGGCCGCUGCGCUCGGGACAACCGGGGAGCGCUCUGGCAGUCGACCGCAGAGCCCGUCCGGGGACGCAGAGUCGCGCGGGGACGCGGCCGUUUAUUGCUACCAGGCGGAGGCCGGGGAGUGGCGCGAGCUGACCCGGCUGCCCGAGGGCGCGCCAGCGCGCGGCUGCGGCCUCUGCGUGCUCUUCAACUACCUCUUCCUGGCGGGCGGUGUGGCUCCUGCGGGUCCCGAUGGCCGCGCGCGCCCGUCGGACCAGGUGUAUUGCUACAACCCGGUCACCGACUCCUGGAGUACUGUGCGGCCGCUGCGCCAGGCACGCUCGCAGGUGCAGCUGCUGGCCCUGGACGGCCACCUGUAUGCCGUGGGUGGCGAGUGCCUGCUCAGCGUGGAGCGCUACGACCCGCGAGCUGACCGAUGGACGGCGGUGGCCCCGCUUCCCCGUGGCGCCUUCGCAGUGGCCCACGAGGCUGCCACCUGUAACGGAGAGAUUUAUGUGUCCGGGGGCUCACUCUUCUACCGCCUGCUCAAGUACGACCCCCGGCGCGACGAGUGGCAGGAGUGCCCAUGCAGCAGCAGCCGAGAGCGCUCUGCCGACAUGGUGGCCCUCGACGGCUUCCUCUAUCGCUUUGACCUGUGUGGGAGCCGUGGGGAAGCUCAGGCUGCAGUCGGUUCAGGUGGCGGGGUCAGCGUUUUCCGCUACCAUUGCCUGGCCAAGCAAUGGAGCCAAUGUGCUGUACACCUGAGGCCCCCUGGCGCACCCGCAGGCCUCCAGCCCUUUCGUUGUGUUGCCCUGGAUGGUACCAUCUACUGUGUGAGCCGCGCCGGGACCUGGCGUUUCGUGCCUUCUCAGGACACCGAGGCUGGCAGCGAUAUGGGACCUGGUGGCAGCUUUGAGCCCGAGCCCCUGGGAUCCCCCCUGGAUGUCCGGGGCGUACUCUUUCCAUUUGUACUCAACCUGCCUGAGAAGCCGGACCGCGGGGAGCAGGGUGCAGUCUAGGACAGGAUCGGCUGGGCAGCUCCACUGUCCAGCAUUUGAGGGGACGGGGGUGCUCAAAAGAGUGGGCUAGCCCCCAAACCCCCAGUGGGGGAGGAAGGGCAAAGAUGUCUCAGGAAUAGAGGAAGCAGAAAGGCCAGGCUGCUGGCCAUAGUGCAUCAUGCAAACGCUUUGAGAGUAAAAGAAGCUUCGCUGGCUCUGAAGACAUUUUCCCAAUGCUGUUUUAAGCCCCGCUUUGCCGUGCUGGAUUCUGCUCUUGCUUCGCUUGUUUAGUGAGGGGUUCAUAGUUUAAAGUGUGGGAAGAUACAGAUAAGCCCAUCCCUAAGGGAAGAGGUAGAAGAGGCCACAGAUAAAGUAGGAUGCAGGUGCGGACUCAGGUGUAAUGAGGAGCCUGUCCAGUCCCCUCCUUACCAGUGAAUGCAAGACUCUCAAACCUGAAUGGGGUCCUAAAAGUAGGCUAGGUAUCCUUGCAACAGCAGAGAAAAGGCCAAACCCCGCUAGGAGGUUUAAAAUGAUAACUUAUACGAUCUGCGUGAGACCCAAAACGUUCACCCAGUGGUUUGCAAGUUUUUUGUAGGCUCAACUUCAAAAAGUAAUUUGUCAAGUACUGAAGGCGAAUCACUUGACCAGUCGAAUUGCCUUUGUUAAUGGUAAUGUUAGCAAGCAGCAUGCUGAACCGGAGAGGACAGGAAGCAAGGGUGGAAAGACCUCAGGUCAGGAGGCUCUGGUAGCUCUGCGUGCUCACCUACUUUCCUGUCUUAGAAUGAACUAGGGCAUUUUUCCCCCCUCUCCCUAGAACAAGGAAGUUAAAAUCAUGUUUUGACAGUUGCAUGCUCUGAACUCUCUGCUUGGUGAUGUUUUGAAUGUAUCUUCUGUGAUUCCAAUGAUGGAGAUGAAUUUACAACCAUCUCGAAGGUGGUGUGUGUGGGGUGGGGUGAUAUGGAGGAGGAAAAGGAGAAACACCUGAGUUUUGAGUGUAGUUUAGCAAGUAAGUGACAUUUAACUUCCAAAGUUACCCUACUAGAGUCGGAAGGAGACUCAUACUUAGACACGGUUGCAAGGACCAAAACCAAGUCCGUUCAUUUUCUCCCAUGUGUCAGGAUGUUGUGCAUUUGAGAAUACACAGGCAGGGCUUCCCAUUUAUAAACAAGUUAAGGGCAAAAUAUGUGCUCCCAGAUAACUGGUUUAGAUCCCAUAGCUAGCCCACUGAUUUAUAACAGUGGGGCUCCUAAGCAUUCGGAGUUUCUGGAACAUAGAGGAAACUUCGCAUCCACCCUGUCAUCUCCAUGGAAACCGUUAGCUGGGGGGUGGGGUUGGGGAGGUGGGGGUGGGAACUAGGUUAAGCUUUAUAGCCUGCUCUGAAAGGUCACAGUGGAGUGUGUUUGGAAACAGCCAGCUCGGGUCUCCUGCGUGACCCUGGGGGGAUGGAGUUUAUAGUUCCUGUUUGUAUGUUCUGGCCUCUCUGUGCUUGUCCGUGGUUACCCAUAAACCAAGGGAAUGUCUUGGCAACUCGGUUAAUCAUCUUAAGAAAAAGAGGCUUCCCAUUGCCUGGUUUUAUUGGUCUUUGUGAGGGGUGUCCUGGAGAAAGGCUUGCAGACAAGCAAAGGGAGGCAGAGCAAAGGGAGACACCCCGUCAUUCCUCAAGCACCAGGCUUAUAGAAUUCUAUCAUGUGACUCUUGCCUGAGAAGCCAUUCCUCUGAAAUUCGAGUUUGGGAUGACAUGUCCCUAGAGAGGACAGAUGUACAUCAGACAGACAAGUCUUCUGCGCGCAUCAUGCCCCACAGAACACAAACAAAACCCAAGGAAGUCAAAAGGAUAAAUAUAUCUAUUUACGGAUCAUGAAAGAACAUUAGUUUGCUGAUUACAAAUAGAGGUGUGGCCGACUUGUUCUUUUUGAGAACAUAUAAAAUAUCUUGUGCCCUGUUUGUAAACAGUGGUCCCCCCAUUGCAAACAAAUGCUACAGGCCCUGGCACAUCUCAGCAACCAUGCAUUUUGUUUCUGGGAUCUGGAACCACCCAUCUGUCUUAGAUUCAUUGCUCCUUGAUAUAAGCAACUUAAGGGAGAGAGGGUUUAUUCUGGCUCAGAGUUCAGGUUACAGUCCACCAAGCUGUAGAAGUCCUAGGGCAGGACCUUGAGGGAGCAGGUGCUACUGUGGCCUGCAGACAAGAGACAGCAUUUAAUGCAUAAUGCCUGUGAUGAUCUGUAUGUGGUUGGCCCAGGGAGUGGCACUAUUAGGAGGUGUGGCCUUAUUGGAAUGGGUAGUCACUGUGGGCAUGGUCUUAAGACCCUCAUCCCAGCUGCCUGGAAGCCAGUCUUCUAGCAGCCUCUAGGUGAAGAUGUAGAACUCUCAGCUCCUCCUGCACCGUGCCUGCCUGGAUGCUGCCAUGCACCCACAUUGAUGACAAAGCACUGAGCCUCUGAACCUGUAAGCCAGCCCCAGUUAAAUGUGGUCCUUAUAAGACUUGCCUUGGCCAUGGUGUCUGCUCACAACAGUGAAGCCCUAACUAAGACACUGCUGCUCAGCUCAGCUCCCUGUCUCCAUUUCCAGGACCCAGUCAGGAAAUGCUGCUACCAUAGCGAGCAGCUCUUUCCCUUCUAAUUAAUGUAAUCAAGGCAACUCCUCACAGGCAUGCUCAGAGACCUAUGUUAACACCCACCUUUGCCCCCACAACAAGUGGGAGUGAAUUUGUUAAGGUGUUAGUUUGGUAGUGAGGGGAGUGAGCUUUGCCGAGAUGUGGCUCCAGUGUGUGAACCAGGUAGGUGCUUCCUACACAUGGGUCCCAUUCUGCCUCUUAACUCCACCUAGGAGUUUGGUUGGCAUGAGCACAGAUCUGACCGUGGGCUAAGAGUCAAAUAAGGCUAACGUGCUUGGGACACCCAUUCUCAGUUCUGGGGACAUUAACCCUUGUACAGAGCCACCCCAAGUGUUUGAAAGGACAGUGCCAUCUUAAGGAGUAAAUGAUUGACAAGACACACAAAGAUUGACCUUCUGUUUGGUUGACGGGUGAUUACAUUUAUAUUGCCAAGAUUUGUUUGGAAGCUUAGCAACAAGCUAAUGUUUCUCGAUUUUAUUUUUCUUUCUGUUUUGUUCUUUGGCAUGGGACAAGCCCCACCUCUAGUGCAGACACUUGGCAGCUCGGCCGACUUGAAAUGUGCUUCUGCUUCUAAGGAAACGAUGGCAGAGGUUUCUUCUACUCUAAGGGAAGUGAGUGCUGGGGAAUCUUGCUGGCUGCUUAUUUUCUUACUUGUAUCAGUUUUGUUAUAUGGAGGGUGGGAGAUGGGGGGGAAACGAUGUCCCUCUAGUCCUGGUGGUGUCUGUGUGACCUGUUAGCAAACAUUGUCCAGUGCUGAAACGGAGUACCUCAGAAGGGUGCACUGUUCUCUGCUGAAGUCACGGUAGAGUCAGGACAUGAUGGUUCGGAAUGUCUCGUUGGCAGAUGUGAGCCCAAUAGCUCUUUGGUGUAGUGUUUUCUCUUUAGGCUUACAGAGAGUUUUCAUUUUCAUAUUCAGUUUUUUUUAAUGUCCCCAUUUCUUUUGCAAUAUUAUUCACAAGAAGGUAAUGACUCCAACUGAACGCGGAACUCUUGCCGGCGCUCCGGGUGCAUCUGUGUUUAUCCAAGCAGACACGUCAUGGAUGCUUGGCCCACAUCCAUGAAGAGGGCCGCACCUCAAGAUGCUGAAGGACCUGGCGGGAAACAGGUCUUGGCAGCAGCCUCACCUGGCUUUGCAGCCAGGCUUGGGUUGAAGUCAAAGUCUAUGCGUAUUCCAAUGUGCGUGAUGUUGUACUCCCCCACUCCGUCAUGCUCGGUAAAGCUCUGACUAGUACCUACUACUAACUAGUACCCAUAUGCCUCCAUUUACUAAACAUCAGCACCUGUUUGAGGCAAAGUUGGGCCAGCUGUUUCUGGGUGUGCAGUUAGAGUGCUGACGCUUGAGUUUCACCCUAGGCACAAAUGCUGUAAAACCUUGUAUGUUUGUCACCCAUGCCAAGACAAAAUAAACCAUGCGGAAACUGCCAGUGCUCCUGAAA